AUGGGAAGGCUCCAGUCGGUGGAGGAGCUCGGAGUCCGCGGUGACUUGGUUUCAGUGAAGAAAUCUCUGGGCCGGAACCGGCUGCUUCCUCAGGGACUGGCUGUAUACGCAUCCCCUGAAAACAAGAAGCUGUUUGAAGAGGAGAAGUUGCUAAGAAAAGAAGGAAAGUUAGAAAGGAUCCAGACCAAGGCCGGUGAGGCGACAGUGAAAUUUCUGAAGAGCUGUCACCUGGAGGUGGGGAUGAAGAACAAUGUCAAAUGGGAGCUAAACCCUGAAAUAGUUGCCCGCCAUUUUCUAAAAAACCUUGGUGUUGUGGUAGCCCCACAUGCAUUAAAGUUACCAGAAGAGCCCAUCACGCGAUGGGGCGAGUAUUGGUGUGAGGUGACGGUAAAUGGGCUUGACACUAUCAGGGUACCUAUGUCUGUGGUGAACUUUGAGAGGCCCAAGACAAAAAGAUACAAGUACUGGUUGGCCCAGCAAGCUGCCAAGGAAAUGGCCCCCACCAGCUCCCAGACGAUCUGAACCUACUCUCCUCAAAAGUGGUGAAGCAGAAUCUGAGGCAGUGGAGCAAAGAUGAGCCAGCUCUGACCAAAUACAAAAUUUUAGAGACCAUAUGGGGACAUCGGACUAAACUGCAUAUAUAUGUUGAAUUCUCCAAAUUGGUCAUCUCCAUCUUCGACUACUAUCACAUCUCGCCUUAUUGGGGCAGUCCUGCUCAAGAAGUACCAAGUUGUAGAUAUAAGGUAAAUAUUUAAUAGAUCAAAAACAGUCUAGAUCCUAUUUCCUCUUCCUCCAUUGGAAUUCAUUGGAAUAAAUGGAAGAGCUAGCCAUUGUCUUUAGUACUUGCCUAUCCUCAUUAUCCAAAUUGAACAUUUAUAUCUCAAAAAGAAAUAAAAAGGUUGUGUUCUUUUUA